AUGGCAUCCGAAAGCACCAAAACCGCUGCCAUCUUCGGCGUUACGGGCCUUGUCGGUCGGGAGCUCGCUCGUGCCCUCCUCUCGUCUCCCGAUUGGAAUGUCUACGGCAUUGCCCGGCGCCCGGACCCCACCACCACGACCGGCAUCCCAUGCGCCGACCAUUACCAUUUCAUCUCGUGCGAUCUCCUGAGCCCUUCCGACACCCUCAACAAACUGUCCCCUGCCUUAAAAGACGUGACCCACGUGUUCUGGGUCACGUGGGCCAGCCGGUCCCCUCUCGACUCCUCCGACUGCCACGACCAUAACCGAGCAAUGCUUGCCAACGCCCUCGACGCCAUUUUGCCGACCUCCAAAGGCCUGAGGCACGUCUCCCUCCAGACGGGCACCAAGCACUACAUCUCGUUCGCGGGCCCCACCGGAGGAGGGGAGGAAGCCCGGCGCUACAGUGAGGAGUCCCCGCGGGUCGAGAGCACCAAUUUCUACUACGCGCUCGAGGAUUUGCUGCGGGAGAGGCUGCUGCGGGCCCACAAUGUGGGCUGGUCGAUCCACCGGCCCGGAUUGAUAUUGGGCUGCUCGUCGAGGACGUUGUUCAACUUCAUGGGAAGCGUGUGCGUGUACGGCGCCGUGUGUAAGUAUCUGAAUCUGCCUUUUGUUUUCCGGGGCACGAGAAAGUGUUGGGAGGAGAUGCACGUGGACAUGUCGGACGCUCGUCUCGUGGCGGAGCAGCAUAUUUGGGCCUCGACGAGCGAGGACCCUGGCGUGGCGAACCAGGCUUUUAAUGUGACGAAUGGGGAGGAUUACACGUGGAGGGAGAUUUGGGCCGCGAUCGGGGCCCGGCUCGGGGUGGAUAUGACGAAAUCACGGAAAGGAGAGGACGAGGUGUUUACGGAGAGCGGCACAUUUUGUGAGGCGAUGGGGGAUAAAGGUGGGGUUUGGAAGAAGAUUGUGGAGAAGGAGGGGCUUGUGGAGGUUGAGAUGGGAGAUUUGGCUAACUGGGGAUUUUUGGAUAUGCUGUUUAGAUGUCCUGUUAAGAUGCUUGCGAGUAGGGAGAAGGGUGAUGUUAUGGGGUUCAAGAAACGGUGUCGUGUUUUGGAUUCGAUUUUCUAUUGGAUUGACGUGAUGCGGGCUGAUAAAUUGAUCCCGUGA